AUGCAACGCCGUAUGUUAUCAAAAGAAGAUGAAGCAGCAGUUGGCGCAGAUGAGGUCGAAGUACGAAGAGAAGAUCAAGACAAAAUCAAUCGGUUCAGUCGUUUACAUCAACGGGAAAUUGGACUGGAGGAUGAGUUGAAGUCAAAACAUAAAGAAAAGGAAGACCUGGACGACGUAUCGGGGGAACUUGAGUUGGCAGAUGAAGAUGACAUGAUACCUUACAAAAUCGGAGAUUCAUUUAUCUCCUUACCACUACCCGAAGUCCAAGAACUCCUCACGAAGUCAACUGAGAAUAUUGAGGAGGAAGUAACAAUGGUCGAAGAAAAGCUUAGCAUAAUUAGGGAGGAGAUGACACAACUGAAGGUGGAAUUAUAUGCUAGAUUUGGUCGAAGUAUCAAUCUGGAAACAUAG